AUGGUACUACCAAAGGGUAUCUUCUUGUUAUUAAUGCUGUCAGUUCCUCACACAAAGCAAGCAUCAGAGAAUGGAGCAGAAGACAACAGCGUCUUUGAUCUGUUUGAAAUAACUGGAAUCAGUCGCAAGUUGAGCUCUCGCAAAUCUCAAGGAGUUUCUUUAGUAAAGGGUCCUGAUCCAUCAAGCCCAGCUUACAGAAUAGAGAACCCUAACCUGAUACCUCCAGUUCCAGAGGAAAAAUUUCAGGAUCUGCUGGACAGUGUUCGAGCUGAGCGGGGCUUUAUUUUAUUGGCUACUUUACGCCAAAUAAAGAAGACUAGAGGAGCACUCUUGUCUAUCGAAAGAAAAGAUGGCACAGGACAUGUUUUCAGCCUCACAUCCAAUGGUGAAGCUGGAACUUUGGACUUGAGUAUCAGUACAGAGGACAAGCAGCAGGUGGUGUCUGUUGAAGAAGCCAGGCUGGCUACAGGCCACUGGAAGAACAUUACUCUUUUUGUGCAGGAAGAUCGGGCUCAACUUUAUGUAGGAUGUGACAAGAUGGAAAACGCUGAGCUUGAUAUACCCAUCCAUCAUAUUCUCUCUGGAGACUUGGCAAGCACUGCUCAAAUGAGAGUUGCAAAGGGAGGGUGUGAAAGACAAUUUCCAGGGUGUUCUACAGAACCUGCGUUUUGUUUUUGGAACCAGUAUGGAUGUGAUCCUUAGAAACAAAGGCUGCUCCAGCUCAAAUUAUGAUUUGGAGAACUCGGUAAAUGACUCUCGUCCGGCUAUCCGAACCAAUUACAUUGGACAUAAGACAAAGGAUGUCGAUGGCGUAUGUGGCAUUUCCUGUGAUGAGCUGAAAAAUAUGUUUUUCGAGAUGAAAGGACUUAAAGCAGUGAUCUCAAAUCUCCAGGCAAAAAUACAGAAAGUUACAGAGGAAAAUCUUCUUUUUGCUGAAGUGGUGAAGGUUAAGGUGACACCAGGUGGUGUGUGCAUGCACAAUGGGAUCAAAUAUAACAACAUGGAUGAGUGGACUGUUGACAGCUGUACUGAGUGUACAUGUCAGAAUUCUGUGGUUAUUUGUCGGAAAGUUUCUUGCCCACUAAUACCAUGCACCAAUGCCACAAUUCCUGAUGGAGAAUGCUGUCCCAGAUGUUGGCCAAGUGACUCUCCUGAAGAUGGUUGGUCUCCAUGGUCGGAUUGGACUCCUUGCUCUGUAACAUGUGGUCAUGGUGUCCAGCAAAGAGGCCGAUCUUGUGACAGCCUUAAUAACCGCUGCGAAGGGUCCUCUGUCCAGACCAGAUCUUGCACUAUCCAAGAAUGUGAUAAACGAUUUAAACAAGAUGGUGGAUGGAGUCACUGGUCUCCAUGGUCCUCAUGUUCCGUCACUUGUGGAAGUGGAAUGAUGACUAGAAUCCGACUUUGCAACUCACCUGUUCCACAGCUGAAUGGCAAGCAUUGUGUGGGUGAAGGAAGAGAAAAUAAGCCAUGCCAAAAAGAUCCUUGUCCAAUUAAUGGCCAGUGGGGACCUUGGUCACCCUGGGACAUAUGCAGUUUGACAUGUGGAGGUGGUUUUCAGAAACGAGAGCGUCUUUGCAACAAUCCCAAGCCCCAGUUUGGUGGUAAAGACUGCCUUGGAGAGAAUGCUGAUAGCCGCCUUUGCAAUAAGCAAGACUGUCCCAUUGAUGGAUGCUUAUCAAAUCCUUGUUUUGCUCGAGUUACUUGCACAAGCUUCGAUGAUGGCUCUUGGCAGUGUGGUGCUUGCCCUACAGGGUAUAGAGGAAAUGGCAUUGAAUGUACAGAUGUAGAUGAGUGCAAGGAGGUUCCCAAUGCUUGCUUUAGCCUUAAUGGAGUGCACAGAUGUGAGAAUACAGAGCCUGGAUACAAUUGUCUUCCUUGUCCUCCACGAUACACUGGCACACAACCAUUUGGCAAGAGCAUUGAGGAAGCCAAAGCAAACAAACAGGUCUGCAACCCUCGGAACCCAUGUCUUGAUGGAACACAUAACUGUAACAAGAAUGCAAAAUGCAUCUAUCUUGGCCUUUACACUGAUCCCAUGUUCCGUUGUGAAUGCAAACCAGGAUAUGCUGGAAACGGCAUAAUCUGCGGUGAAGACACAGACUUGGAUGGAUGGCCUAAUGAUAACCUUACAUGUGUUGCCAAUGCUACCUAUCAUUGCAAAAAAGAUAACUGCCCCAACCUUCCCAACUCAGGCCAAGAAGACUAUGAUAAAGAUGGAAUCGGAGAUGCCUGUGAUAGCGAUGAUGAUAAUGAUGGAAUCCCCGAUGAUAGGGACAAUUGUGCAUUUGUAUACAACCCUGCACAGUAUGACUAUGACCGUGAUGAUGUGGGUGAUCGCUGUGACAACUGCCCAUACAACCAUAAUCCAGACCAGGCUGAUACUGAUGCCAAUGGGGAAGGAGAUGCCUGUUCUGUGGAUAUUGAUGGAGAUGGCAUUCUCAAUGAAGUAGACAAUUGCCCUUAUGUAUACAAUGUAGACCAGAGGGAUACAGAUAAAGACGGCAUUGGAGACCAGUGUGACAACUGUCCCUUGGAGCACAAUCCAGAUCAGACUGACUCUGACUCCGAUCUCAUUGGUGAUAAAUGUGACAGCAAUGAAGACAUAGAUGAGGAUGGUCAUCAGAAUAACCUGGACAACUGUCCUUACAUCCCCAAUGCCAAUCAGGCUGACCAUGAUAAGGAUGGCAAGGGCGAUGCUUGUGAUCAUGAUGACGACAAUGAUGGCAUUCCAGAUGAAAAAGAUAAUUGCAGACUGGUGCCUAAUCCUGAUCAGAUUGAUACUAAUGGUGAUGGACGUGGUGAUGCCUGCCAGUUUGACUUUGAUAAUGACCAAAUUCCAGACUCUGAGGAUGUUUGCCCUGAGAAUUAUGCAAUCAGCACAACUGACUUUCGCAAAUUCCAAAUGGUGCCUUUGGAUCCAAAAGGAACAUCACAGAUUGAUCCCAACUGGGUGGUCAGGCACCAGGGAAAAGAGCUGGUACAGACUGUCAACUGUGACCCUGGCAUCGCUGUUGGUUUUGAUGAGUUUAGUUCAGUGGAUUUCAGUGGAACCUUCUUUGUCAACACUGAGAGGGAUGAUGACUAUGCUGGCUUUGUGUUUGGCUACCAAUCAAGCAGCAGAUUUUAUGUGGUUAUGUGGAAACAAAUUACCCAGACCUACUGGGACACAACGCCUACUAAAGCUCAGGGAUACUCUGGUCUCUCUAUAAAAGUUGUCAACUCAACAACUGGGCCUGGAGAACACUUACGGAAUGCUUUGUGGCACACAGGCAAUACUGCAGGACAGGUUCGUACUUUGUGGCAUGACCCUCGUCAUACAGGAUGGAAAGAUUUUACUGCUUACAGGUGGCAUUUAAUCCACAGACCAAAGACUGGAUUCAUUCGUGUUGUAAUGUACGAAGGGAAAAAAAUAAUGGCUGAUUCAGGACCUAUUUAUGAUAAGACAUAUGCUGGAGGAAGAUUAGGACUGUUUGUAUUCUCACAAGAGAUGUGGUCUUCUUUUCGGAUCUUAAAUAUGAGUGCAGAG